AAAAACUCCAUGGAUUUGGUUCAAUCUCCUGAACAUCUUUGCUACGUUCGUUGCAACUAUUGCAACACUGUUCUUGCGGUUGGAAUUCCAUACAAGAGGCUGUUGGAUACUGUGACAGUGAAAUAUGGGCAUUGCAGCAACCUUUCCUUUUUAAGCACUAGACCUCCACUUCAAGGCCAGUGCUUUGAUCACCAACUCACUCUUCAGCAACAGGGUUUGUGUAGUGAGUUCAAGAAGGGCCAGUCUUCAACCUCUGCUUCAUCAAGUUCUAGUGAUCAAUCCAUUUCUCCAAAGGCACCCUUUGUUGUAAAACCUUCUGAGAAGAAACACAGGCUUCCAUCUGCCUACAAUCGGUUCAUGAAGGAGGAGAUACAACGCAUCGAAGCUGAAAAUCCAGAGAUACCACAUAGAGAAGCUUUCAGUGCUGCAGCUAAAAACUGGGCUAGGUACAUUUCUAAUGGUUCACCAAACGGGACCUUGUCCGAGAGCAACACGAAUAUUUAG